AGGAAACUCCGAAACGUUCCUACCAAGAACAUCUCGAUCUACUCUGCUUGAACAAAGACCCUUUCACCGACGACACCAUGGCGGACGUUGCCAACAUUUUGAAGUGUGCCUACUCGGUGGGCCUGCUCAUCUUCUCUACCAUCAUCAUUAUGGGUCUCAUCUUCAACGAAGAAACCAAACUCUCGUCCGACGUUCACUCAGCCGUUGCCUUUAUUGCUAUCUGGGUCGGUGUGUUGUGGCUAACCAUGGUGGAGGGCGGCCAAGGGUCUUUGGUCGGUCUGGCGCCCGUUAACGGAGAGCUCUACAAGGACUCCCAUCCAAUCGCCUACAAAUGCACUUCGAUUGCCCACAAGGGCGACAACCUCGAUCGGUACCUGCUGGGUCGCCAGUUCAUGGUGGUGCUGACUGUCUUCACCAUCAACAUCUCGGGCGGUCCCCUCAAGGACGCCGAGCUUUGGGGUUUCCCUUCUGUCCUGACCAACAUGUUUCUGGGUAGUGGUCUGGCCAUGAUUCUCUUCACGGCCAUGAUUGGCCAGCUGAACUCUCAAGUCAACGCGUCACUGUGCAUGCUCGACUACAUUAACAACUACUUCGCGCUGUUCACCUUCUGGGUCGCUAUGGCGAUUGAGUUUUCCGGUCUACUUCACGCCUCCUACCUUGUGCAGAUGCUUGUUGCUGCGCUUUCCGGCAAAAAGAUCGAGUCCAACGAGGAGCCGCGCAACGGACUACAGAACCUCUUCUUUUGGUCGCGCUGUCUCGUUUCUCUCGCCAUCCUGGCCUAUUGCUUUGCGGUGACUUUAGCCGCUCUCUUUGACGGCAAGACCACCAUGUGGGAAGGUGUUCCGUCGGCUGUUGCUGUCAUUGUCUUCUUCCUGCUCAUGUCCGUUGUUGGCUUGCUCGAGGGUAUGCAGAUUGCCUUCUUUGCUGUGGCUAAGAUCCCCAAGUCCGAGCGAGGAGAUUCCGUGUUUGCCAAGAAGACGUGCGAACUUCUCUUCAAAGGCGAAGGAAAUAACCUUCCGGGCUUCAUGAUUGGGCGACAGCUGUGUGUUGUUUCCUGCAUGUUCUUCAUUGCUCGCGUCACUAGUGUCGAGAUUGCCGAAGGAGAAGAGAACAUCUUCGGAGUCUCGGACGGCGUCCAAAAGCUCUUCGACACGGGUCUUCUCGGGGCCAUCAUCACCACAAUUGUGGCGUCCAUUUCAUGGCAGCUUGUGGCCUCAGCCUUCCCUAUCGCUUUCCUGUCCAACCCCUUCACCUAUAUCUUCCUUCGCAUUUGUCUUCUGUUAGAAGCUAUUGGUAUCUGCUCCGGAGCUUGGGUUCUUGCUGCGAUUCACAAGAAAAUUGCCGGUUUCCAGCGUGACGAGGUGUACAUUGGUACUGCCGAGGAACGUGCCGCCAAGAACAUGAGUGACAACACAGAGCAGCUACAUUUGGGAGCCGGCCAUUUGGUCAAACUUCCUGGCUUUGCUGAGCACGCGCCACCGGCCUUGAAGGCGCUUAUGGAGACCAAUCCGUCCGUUGCCGUAUACCUCAACUCCAUUCAUGACAUGGAGACUGGCAAAGGCAACAAAGGUCAGGAGUCCGAGACUGAGACCGAGUAAGAAGUACACCGCAUUUGGUGGUUAGAGUCAAGAGUGGACUCAAGUCAUACGAAACUCGAGUAAAGUCAGUAAAUUUUGAAAUGUGCAGCAAACUCGACGGCUCCGCACCAGAUGGAUGGAUGGAGCAAUCAGAUAUCGUAAUCCUACAGUUAAUAAAUACCCCAGUAAAUCGUUCGAUUCAUUUC